AUGACGAAUACACGUAAAAACAUUGAAUGUGAGGUGCACCAACAGAACUUAAGUGCAACAUUCUUCCGACUUACGGCGAUGUAUUUGUGUCACAGACAAAUAGUUAAAGACGAUAAUAAUGGCAAAGACCCGAGUGUAAGUGAAGUCUCUAAAAAAGUUAUAUCUGCAUUGAAAAACAUUUGGGAAAAUGCUUCUUUACAAGUGUGUAAAGAUUUUGACUCUUGCAAAUGCAAAAUUAAAGUGCUUAAAACUGAACAAGAAUUUUUUAAAGACCAAAGAAGAGAAAGAAGAAUGUUUAUUGGAAACGUUGACGUUAAAUUGACAAAGGUUUUAGAAAAACGUAUGCGAAGAAAGAUCAAAUCGGUAAAGCAGCUAGGUGACCAAAGCGAUCCAGAGAAAUCGGAGCUUAUAGGAAAAGGUACUGUUCAAGAUGCAACUUCCUCGCAGGUAGAAGAAAAUAUGUCUCUGUCUGAAAGUUCGUCAACAAGCGAAAUUGAUUUUUAA